AUGGCCCGGCGAGCGGGAGGCGCUCAGCUGCUGGGUGGCCUGCUUCUCUUUGCUUUGCUGGCUGCCGGCGCCGCCCCGCUCAGCUGGGACCUCCUUGAGCCUCGAGGCCGGGCCACCAAAAUCCGAGUGCACCCACGGGGCAACCUCUGGGCCACCGGUCACUUCAUGGGGAAGAAGAGUCUGGAGCCCCCCACUCCCUCCCCACUGGGGACUGCUCCCCACAUCUCCCUAAGGGACCAGAGGCUGCAGCUGAGUCAUGAUCUGCUCAGGAUCUUCCUGUUAAAGAAAGCCCUGGGCAUGAACCCUGGCAGCCCAGGAGCCCACGCCCAGGUGAGCCAGGAACGCCCCCCCCCCCCAUUACAGGAGGCUGCUGGUGAACAUACUGCGGAAGUGAAGCAAAUAAUGGGGCAGCCACAACGUCACGGCUUAGAUUGUGCCCACCCAGGAAAGAGGCUUAAUGGGACCUUCGUCAUGGCCCCCUCUGAAUGUAGACCCUGGGAUCAGAUCUCUAGUCCCGUCCCACAGCUGCCGUGGGCCCCGGGCGCCGCGGGACCGCCUCCUGACGCCUGA